GGUCGAUCUACACUACCCGUGAGGCGGCGACGGUAAACAUAGUAAAAAUUCCUCUGCAUUCACCAUUAACCAUGCCUCUGGCACUAAAUGCCGACCCAUGGCGUCGCAUGGAGGUAGCACAUGAAACGGAGGCUGGGAGCACAGAAGAUAUGCUAGUUGAUGACCAGGAGUCAGAAAAUGAGGUGGAAAUUACAAAUCUUACUAAAGGAGGUGAAAAGGCAGACCCAAGUCAUUUUGAACUACUCAAGGUGCUAGGGCAGGGAUCUUUUGGAAAGGUGUUUCUUGUAAGAAAAAUCACAGCACCUGAUGCUGGGACCCUUUAUGCCAUGAAAGUGUUAAAGAAGGCAACUUUAAAAGUUCGUGAUCGACAAAGAACUAAAAUGGAAAGAGAUAUACUGGCAGAUGUGAAUCAUCCUUUUAUAGUUCGACUACAUUAUGCUUUUCAAACUGAGGGAAAGUUGUACCUUAUAUUAGAAUUUUUAAGAGGAGGAGAUUUGUUCACUCGGUUAUCAAAAGAGGUUAUGUUCACAGAGGAAGAUGUAAAGUUUUAUUUGGCAGAAUUAGCACUGGCUCUUGAUCAUCUCCACAGCUUGGGUAUUAUUUACAGAGAUCUUAAACCAGAAAAUAUACUGCUUGACACAGAAGGACAUAUCAAGUUGACUGAUUUUGGGCUCAGCAAGGAAUCCAUCUUUGAAGAGAAUAAAACUUAUUCUUUUUGUGGAACUGUUGAAUACAUGGCACCAGAGGUUGUCAAUAGGAAAGGUCAUGGUACCCCUGCUGAUUGGUGGUCUUAUGGGGUUCUCAUGUUUGAAAUGCUUACUGGAGCUUUACCCUUUCAAGGUGCAAACAGGAAGGAAACAAUGACACAGAUUCUAAAAGCCAAAUUAGGGAUGCCACCCUUUCUCAGUCCUGAGGCACAAAGUCUGUUACGGGCAUUAUUUAAAAGAAAUCCAGCCAACCGACUUGGUUCUGGAUUGAAUGGUAUUGAGGAAAUGAAGAAACAUCCCUUCUUUCAAACAAUAAACUUUCCUAAACUUUAUAAACGUGAACUUCAACCACCUUUUAAACCAGCAGUUGUUCAGACUGAUGAUGUGUUCUAUUUUGAUAAAGAAUUUACCUCAAAAACCCCUAAAGAUUCUCCUGGCAUACCUCCCAGCGCCACAGCCCAUGAGCUAUUUAGAGGAUUUAGUUUCAUCGCACCAGCAUUAUUAGAAUCUGAAAAUAUAGCACCAGCUACAGAGUACACGCGUAAUAAUGAGAAUAGUCUAGCUAAGCUACCAGGGGUCAAAGUUAGUGCUUUCAGUGAUGACUAUGAAUUAAAAGAGGAUAUUGGCAUUGGGUCCUACUCAGUUUGCAAGCGUUGUGUUCAUAAAGCCUCAGGAAACAGCUAUGCAGUAAAGAUAAUGGACAAAGACAAGAGGGAUCCUUGUGAGGAGGUGGAGAUUUUGUUGAGAUUUGGUCAUCAUCCCAAUGUGAUAACACUCAGAGAUGUCUACGACAACGGAAAUAAGGUUUUCCUGGUUACUGAAUUAAUGAGGGGAGGUGAGCUGCUAGAUAAAAUAUUGCGGCAGAAAUUUUUCUCAGAGAGAGAGGCUAGUGCUGUCUUACAAGUUGUUGCCAAGACCGUGGACUAUUUGCAUUCAAAUGGGGUUGUUCAUAGAGAUCUUAAACCAUCCAAUAUUCUGUAUGCUGAUGAUAGUGGAUCCCCUGACAGUUUGCGCAUAUGUGAUUUUGGAUUCGCUAAGCAACUGCGUGCAGAGAAUGGGCUGCUUAUGACACCGUGUUACACUGCUAACUUUGUUGCUCCUGAGGUCCUCAAACGACAGGGGUAUGAUGCAUCUUGUGAUGUAUGGAGUCUUGGUGUUUUGUUGUACACCAUGCUUGCUGGUCACACACCAUUUGCAAAUGGCCCCAAUGACACACCUAACGACAUACUUGCAAGGAUCGGUGAGGGCAAAUUUUCUCUGGUUGGUGGUAACUGGGAUUCUGUCUCCGCUGUGGCAAAGGAACUAGUGAAAAGGAUGUUGCAUAUUGACCCUCAUAGCAGACUGACAGCUGCCCAAGUUCUUAACCAUCCUUGGAUAUCUCAGAGAGAAUCUUUGCCACACCUACGUCUUACACUUCAAGAUGCACAGUUAGUCAAGGGAUCUGUGGCUGCAACAUUUAAUGCUUUGAAUGCUCAGAAUCAUAAGCAAGCGACCCUUGAACCUGUUGGUGCUUCCAGACUAGCUCAACGCCGCGGCAAACCUCGGCCCAAAAGCUCAACAGAAUUAUAACAAGCUGGCUUAUUAUUUGUAUAGUAUAAGAACUUGGUUACAGUUGCUUUAUAUUUGCUUUAUAAUGUAGUAAAAUAUCAAUUACAGAUGCUCUUGUGCUUUUGCUACAUUGUUUAAACAAAGUCGCUUAUUUUAAAAAUAAUAUGACUAGAAUAACAUAAAUCAAUUAAGAGGCCUGCUAGAAAAUUCCUACCUAAUUUGAAAGGCUCUACCUAUCUCUGUUAAACUAUACUUGAAUAUGUGUUGACUACUUAAAGAAAUUGUAUUUAUUAAUUAUUGUUAGUUUUGGUGAAUCUGUACGCAAUUUAGGUUCACAAUUUUUUGUUUGAAGGUUCAAGAAUGGUUUUUGUAAGAAUUUAUUUUUAUAAUUGUUUGUAUUUAGGGGGUUCUAUAUUUUUCUACCUGUCCUUUACUAAGUUAUAGCAAAUCUUACUAGUUUUAAAAAAUAAUUCUAACAAAUUAUCUUUAUAAUUGUUUUUACUCCACCCAGCACGAGUAUUUUUAGGCAAAUUUAGACCUGUCAAAGUGCAUAGGGCAUUAUCCAUGUUUUAAAGUUCACUGUAAAGCUUAAGAACCUUGAUCUAAUAAGAAUAAGUUCGUGUCAGGUCCAGGUGAAGUGCUUCCUUCUUUUGUUUGUUUUUUACAGAAAUGAUGUAUUCAUUUAUUAUUUUCCUGUAUAUAACCAUAUCAAUUGUUAACCUUGUUUAACUUAAGUAAUGAAUCUUUCUAUUGUUUUAAACAAUGAAAAUUUGAUAAAAUAGUAAUUUUUAGUUUGAUUUAUUCUUUAUGUGGAUACCACAUGAUAAGGUAUUAAUAGAUCUGCAAUUCACAAUCAAUGCUAGAGCUAUAUUUUUUAAAUGUACUCUGUAUAUUGCUAAAUAUUUCACACAUCAGUGUUUCAGGUAAAAAUGCAUUGAUAUAUAUUCAGAAAGUUAUUCCCUUUUGUGGUAUUUUCAUACUUGAGUUAUAAAUCUGAUAGCCUUGGUUACAAUGUAAACUAUUGCUAACAGAAAGUGCAUAUGGAUUAAUUGUUGUUAAAGACUUGGUAAAAUAUAUGUAUCAGUAAUGGGGUAUCCUCUGUGUUAGAAUCAAAAUAUCUGCAGUUUACAGCAUAAUCAAUUAUAUUGUGUUAACUUCAUAGUAUGAGCAUAAUGAACAGUAUAAUAUGGUGAUUGCUGGCUUAGAAAGAUAUUGUAAUGUAUAUGUAAUACUUCUUUUGAUCUUUGCAAUGCUAGACGCUACUUUGGCACAUUUUUAGAAUGCUAGUUGCUUUUUAUUUUCCUUUAAAUCCAAGUUCCAUGUCAUAGUGGUUGCUCAAUUUACAUUGUAGAAAAUUGUUUAUUACUGAUUUCACCAGAAGUUGAAAUGUCCAAACAAAUUUACGAGGUAAUUUUCAAAAUAAUUUGAAGCCAUCUUCGGAAAUGAAAUUUUACAAUAUUCUGGUAAGAGAACGCCUCAUUGUUCUUUGAAAAUCUUUACAAAAACAAAAAUGUAUUUCCUUUAGUAAUGUAUGCUUGCAUAUGUACUAGGAAAAAAUAUAAGUUCAUCCAACUGUAAAACAAAAAACCAGGGGUUAAUUUUCCAUCGGUGUAGCUGUUAAAAUGUGCACUGUGGCAUAUAUUUUUUAUGCCAGUUACUCAUAUUUGUCUUCUGUUUUGUUCUACAACAUCAACCCCUUAGUGUGCCUUAAAUUAUGUAUUAACUUAUGGUUAUUUAUGCAUGUAGCUAUAUUCAUUUAGCUUAUUUUGUUCAGUGCUUUUUACUGCAUCCAUUGAGUUUCACAAAUUUACAAAUUCAUAACAGUUACAAAAACUGGCGACAAUUAAUCUCCCUCAGCAUAGACGGCAUCUGUGAUUCUGAUUGUUAACAAUUAGCUAAACUGAAUUAAAUCUGGUUCCAAAUCACCAGUAUUUUAUUAUUUUUGUAUGUACAGAAGGUGCUUCACUGUUACAAUGUCAUUUUUUUCUAAUCUUUGUUUUGCCUUUUCUUCAGAUUCAUGUUUAAGGUUAAAUAAAUUUAGAAUAGAUACUUUAUAGGUUCAUUCAUGCCAAUGAUUAAUAAUUUAUUUUUUUAUUAUAUUUUUUAUCGAGACUAUAUAUAUAUUGAUAUGCUGCAUGUUUUUUUUUUUUUUUUAUUGUUUUGUUUUUGGAAAAAAAUAUUUAUGUGAGUGGUGUUUUUCUGCACCAACAAUGUUCAUUUUGAGAUGUGAUACAUUUGAGAUCUUUAUAUGUAUUUGUCUUUAAACUCCUGAUUUGGUGUGACCAUAUCUAACUGUUAGAGUUUUUAAGCUUCCCACUAACUCCAUAUUAAUAUUCAGAGCUGUGAUGGUGUGGUAACUAUCACUUCCUUGCUAACAGGAUAUGGCUUCAUUUACAAGAGGAAGUAUGUUGUAUAGAUUCACAUUUGGACUUGUUUGUACCAUUACAAAUGAAUGUCAUUGUUCUUUACUGCAAUUUUUUUUUUUAUGUAAAUGUUAUGCAAAGUAUAAAGCAACAUAUCAAUCUAUACUGAAUAGCACCACGUAAUAUAUUUACAGUAAUACUACAGGGUGAGGUUACUGUUGCCUGUUUGUCUACAUUGAUUGUUAUCAAAUACGUUUUGAUACUGAACGAGCAUGUACUAAACAUAGUUAACAGAAACAGCUUAUUAUUAUAAUAUUUACUAUCAAAGGCACAUUUUUUAAAAACCUAUUUCUGGCUGUGUCUUUUUCUAGUCUUUGAUGUUGUUUUUUUUUUUUAAAUCUAUACAGUAGAUAUACUUUUUUUCUAAUCUCUUCAUAAAUAAUACAAUAUUUUUUUUACAUGCUGUAAACUUUACAUUUUUAUAACCUUUCAUCUUCAACUUUGUUUGAUUUGAAAUAAGUUGUUUUUUUUUUCUGUUUCAAUGGACAGCAUUUGAGUUUUUACAGUAAUAUUGUUUUGUUACAGGUCCACAGCUCUGAAUGAAUAGUUCUAUCCUAGAUUGAGGUCCUUACAAGUAUUUACUACUUUGUUUUCUAACACAUCAGGCAUUACAUUUGUUGUUUACCAAAGCUGUGUGGGUGGUUUAUUCUGUUUUACUACUUGUUUCUAAUGCAUUUGUGAGGCCUAUUUUUUUCCAUAGGUGUCUUUUUUUCUUGAAAGUUGAGCUGUAAGAGUUCAAAUGAUUUUCAACUCAAGUUAAUUCAUAUUUACGGAUUCAAGCCUUCGUUAUAUAAGGGUCUUGCAUGUUUUUUUAAAAUGAAAUUAGGCCAGUUUUAAUUAAUAAGAAAAUUCUGGAACAUUUAGUUUGCGUCUUCCUAUUCUUAUUUUGGAGGGAACUGUUCUAAAAAUUAAUUCAAUUAACAACACGCUCCAGUUAAUUACGGUCUGAUUUACCUGUUUGUUUACACUUUUUUUUCUUAACUUUAAACUUACUACAAAUUGUCCCAUUAACUUCAGUUUUUUUUUUUAUAUAUAUUUGUUUUUGUAAAUAUACAUUUUUGUUAGUCAUAGCAAAAGAAAUGCCACACAUUUUAAAAAUAAAAGUUUCUGUUAAAGUGGGACCUCAUUAUUUUAAUUUUAUAUUCUUUUAUUUUUUUAAUUUUGUGGGACCUGCAUAUUCAUGAUUAUGCUUUUUUCACUCUAGAAUUUUUUUUUUUUCGGAAAAUUGAUUUUCACUUGGGCUUAGUUUGAAUUGAAUACACAUUGUGGUGAAAGUAUCAUUGUAAUUUCUAGGAUCCAGAUGUUCCAGGUGCUAUUUUUUUUAAAAGGUUUAUUAUGUAGGAAAAACAUUUUGUAUGAAAGCUUUGUUUCUGUGUGUACUGAACAAAUUAUAAUAUAUAAGCAUUUGUACAUAAUCUGAUUAAAAGUGUGUGCUACUCCAGUUGUGUUGGCUUAUUGGAAAGUGUGCGAGGAUAUCAAACUUCCAUGUCAAAUUUACAUUAUUUUUUUUGUACACCCCAGAUUUCAUCUAUUUACAUAUUUUGUUCUCUGCAUCAUUUGAUGUCCUACUUGCUUUAAUAUCUUUAUUGAAAGAAAUGCUAACCUUUUAUUUUUUCUUAGAAAAUGUGUUAUGAGAUAUAACUAGUAAAUAUUGUGUUUUCUAUCAUGUUUGACCCUCCUGACCAUUCUUUCUAACCACUACUUAUCUUGAUUUGUUCAUCAUUGUCUUAUUGACAUUGUAAAUAUGGAUCUCACCAAAAAAAAAAAGCGUUUUAGAUUAUUUUUUUUCCCUUUUUGCCUUUAUUAAUAAAAUAUUAAUACAAAAAAUUUGCCAUAGAUCGGACUGUAUGGCUUGUAGGAGCCAAACCAUUUACUUUAUAUAAUCAAUUAUAACAAAUUACCAU